AGCAAGAUGAAGAAGAAAGCCCGGAGCCACCGAGUUUCGACGCCGGAGAGGCCUUCCUCGCCCAUCAAGCCUUCGCCCAAUAAACAGAUCCUGACGUACGCUCAGGCGCAACGCAUGGUAGAGUUCGAAUUAGACGGCCGCAUACACCGCCUCAGCGUUUUCGAUCGACUGGAGGUCAUCUCGGACAGCGACCCUGUGCUUCGGGAGAUGGAGUGCGCCAAAAACAAGGAGAACGCCGACAAACCGCAACAGCCGGUUCUGUUGCGGUCUGUACGAUUAAAAAACAACCGAGAAAAGAGGAAAGCCGCGUUUGGCGUCACCGCUCGGAAAGAAGGAAGCGACCAACCCGUUAGCGUUAUCCCUGUUCCUAAACUUCCCGAGCCGAAAUUCAAGAUCGUGGAGUACAACUUGCCGGCGGUUCCGAAACGACAUUCUUCUUAUUUUAAGUACGAGGAGAAAACGGAGGAAGACCUGGAUGAGGAAACAGAGUACGACAUGGACGAGGAAGAUUUAGCUUGGAUGGAUUUAGUCAACGAAAAGCGGCGAAGCGAAGGCGCCAGUCAGGUGUCGUUUAACGUCUUCGAGUUUCUUGUCGACCGUUUCGAGAAGGAACUCUACCUCGAAGGCUUGGAUAAAGGCAGCGAGAAGCAAGCGUCCGUGGACGAGGACACGGUUUGCUGCAUUUGCAUGGACGGCGAAUAUAACGACGGAAACGCCAUCCUUUUCUGCGACGUAUGCAACGUGGCGGUCCAUCAGGAGUGUUACGGCGUCCCUUACCUGCCUGAAGGUCAAUGGCUUUGCCGACAUUGUUUACAGUCGCCGGGGAAACCGGCUGUUUGCGUAUUAUGUCCUAACAAGGGCGGCGCGGUGAAAAAAACAGACGACGAUCGCUGGAGCCACGUGGUUUGCGCCCUUUGGGUUCCAGAGGUGGGCUUCGCCAAUGCGACCCUCAUCGAGCCCAUCGAUGGCGUCCGGGAUAUCCCGCCGGCUCGCUGGAAGCUCACUUGCUACCUCUGUAAAGAAAAGGGCAUCGGGGCGUGCAUCCAGUGCCACAAAGCUAACUGCUACACCGCCUUCCACGUCAGUUGCGCUCAAAAAGCAGGGCUUUUCAUGAAAAUGGAGCCCGUCAAAGACCUGACCGAGUCGGGGGAGCCCACCCUCACGCUUAAAAAGACCGCCUACUGUGGCGCGCACACGCCCUCCGGAUGCGUCAGGAGGAAACUGGCUAUCUACGAUCAAGUCAAAGCGAAGAAUGGGUUGUGUAGCCAAGUGGAGAGCGAUAAGAGUGAUGCUAAAUGUAAGCAGAAGAAGAAGGUGAAGAAACUUGAGCCAGAUGUUGCGAGUGAGACCUUGCCAACUCCCGCUGCUGUUCCUUCCUUUCCUGUUCAUAGGUUACAAACCAUUCUAAACCAGGUGUCGGUCCAAAAAAAGAAAGCCUUCGUGGAGCUGGUCUUGAAUUACUGGACUCUAAAACGACAGUCCAGGAACGGUCUCCCGUUGAUCCGGCGUCUACACACGAGCCUGCAAUCCCAGAAGAAUACGCAACCGAAGCAAACCGAGGAAGAAACACGGGCGCUGAAGGAACAGCUAAAGCAAUGGCAUCGGCUCCGGCACGAUCUGGAGCGAGCCCGACUUCUACUAGAGCUCAUUCGGAAGAGGGAGAAGCUCAAAAGAGAGGAGCUUAAGUUCCAAGAAAGCCUUCUUGAGAUGCAGCUAACUCCCUUCAGCAUUCUGUUAAGAGCCGUUUUGGACCAGUUACUGUUGAAAGACCAAGCUAGAAUCUUUACCCAGCCAGUUGACGUCAACGAGGUGCCGGACUACCUCGACCACAUCAAACGCCCUAUGGACUUCUCCACAAUGCGCCAGCGCGUGGACGCCCAGGAAUACAGCAACUUCGAGCAGUUCCAGGCUGACUUCGACCUCAUCGUCAACAACUGCAUGAAGUAUAAUUCCAAAGACACGUAUUUCUACCGGGCUGCCGUUCGCCUUCGCGAUCAGGGCGGUGCCGUGAUCCGGAAGGCGCGGAGGGACGCCGAGAAGAUCGGAUUCGACGCGGACAGCGGGAUGCAUCUGGAGGAGGCGCCCGAGUUGAAGACGACGGCUUUUUCGUGGGAAGACGUGGAUCGCUUACUCAAGCCCACCAAUCGAAACCAUUUGCCUCUUGAGAAGCAGCUGCAGCAACUUCUAGAGAAGUUUGACCUCACGUGCGCCAUGAAGUCCAGCCCGUCCCGCAGCAAACGCAUCAAGCUGCUGAAAAAGACCAUCAACGACGUGCGCAGCGACAUGAGCUUGAAGAGACUCCAGCCUAACAUCUCGUACUUUAAGCCUGAGGAGAAUUGGAAGCUGAAUGGACUGAAUUCCCAAGACGACGAAGGUAGGUACCUACGUGAAAGCUUUUGUGAGCUUGUGUUGAUUUCUCUCCCCUUGGCAGAUAAGUCUCUCCCUCCUAAACUGGAGCCUUCCGACGCCAUUCCUCCUCUCGUCCACUCCGAGGCGGACCCUGAGCCCCCCACUCUCAAACCCGUUGACGCCACACCGGAUUGUGAUGAUAAAACUCCCGAUAAAGUCCCCAAAUUCGAUAGUACGCACUUAAAUGGCCGCUCCCUUAACAACCUCCAGAGUUCUUUAUUCGACGGUGACGUCCGAGUUGUUGCCACUUCCACACUAGCCGAACCGGCUGGCACCGUUAGCCGGCGGACCGCCGUUCUUUUCUGCAAAUCCAAAUCUCCGAGUCCCCGCAAGCCAAUGAGGGGCGACGGUCAAGAACUGGUUCAGCGUAAAGACGACGACGAGCAAGUCGGCAACGGCACCAGCACGCAAUUGGCGUCCAAAUCCUUCUUGUCAGUAGUCAUUCCCAGACUGGAGACGUUACUGCACAGCAAAAAGAGGAAACUUUUGGUAAGCCAGGAGGACCUUGAGGAGGAUGGAAAAGCUCCUAUAAAAAGACUUGACAUGGGGCUGCCGAGAAGUUUCCUGGACGUAGAGGAGGAGAAAGAACUUGGCCAGCCCAGCAGAGCUGCAGAACCGAGACGACGCUGCGCUUCCGAGUCUUCCAUCUCCUCGUGCAACAGUCUUCCUGGAGGCGCCGGAACUAUCCUAAGUCUUCCAAAGUGCGGGAAGGGGAAACCCGCCUUGUUGCGGAGAAACACUUCGGACGAUAAGAACGAGUUAAUCGCCUGCAUCGAAAACCGGAAUUUUGCCAAAGCCGCACGUAUCGCCGCAGAGGUUGGCAACAGCAAUAUUUGGAUGCCCGCUAGUGCUGCAACAGUUGCACUGGAACCCCUCAAGCUAGUUUGGGCCAAAUGUAGCGGAUACCCCUCCUAUCCUGCUUUGAUCAUUGACCCCCACAUGCCGCGCGUUGGCUGCCAGCACAACGGGGUGUCCAUCCCCAUGCCCCCCAUGGACGUGCUCCGCAUCGGAGAAACGAUGCAGUACAAAUCCGACGAGAAACUCUACCUCGUGCUCUUCUUCGAUAACAAACGCAGCUGGCAGUGGCUUCCUCGAUCCAAAAUGGUUCCCCUGGGCAUGGACAAAACCAUCGACAAGAUCAAAAUGAUGGAAGGCCGCACGUCAAGCAUCCGCAAGGCGGUCCAGGUGGCGUUCACUCGCGCCAUGAACCACUUGAGCAUCGUACGAGACGAGCCGGUCAGCGACCUCAGCGACGUGGACUGA